CUAUUAGAAAAGCCAUGAUAAAUAUUUGAAACAACUGAUUAUUUGAAAAUUUACUAAAAAUGAUACAAUGCAUCUGAAAUCAAACAUUUUUAAUCGUUUUACCCAUAAUCAUUGUCAUCAUCAUCGUGGUCGUCAUCAUCAUAAUCAUUGUUAUUGUUGUGAUAUUGAAUCAAUUUUUUUGAAAGGUCGUCGAAUUUUAAUUAAAAUGUGCAAACAAUCAAACUUGAUGAUGAUCAAGCAGAUAUUAAUACUUGCAUUAACAUUUCAUCUCUUAUUUGCCAAACAAUUGAUUGCUGAAGCAGAAAAUGAUGAUACAUCCAAACAAAGUUCUACGACAUCACCACCUCCACCGGUGAUAAUUUGUCAAUCACCAAUCGAUUUGACUGUUGAUAGUUCUUGGCUGGAACAAACGGUUUUUGGAGAUUUUCGAAUAUGGCAUAUUAUGUUUUCGUGUUUGGGUAUUUUAAUUGUAAUAGCUGUUCUUCUUUGUUGCAUGUUUCGAUGUCGAAUACCAAGAACGAAACAAGAAAUUGAAGCGGAUUAUACACGAAGAAAAAUCACUAAAUUAAUCAAUACUCAUCUAAAUAAAAUCAAGUUAGAGGAGUUGGAAUUUGACCCAUCAAAUUUAUUACCAGUAUUGAAACGAGUUGAAGAUUUAGAGGAGAAUCGUGUGAAAAAACAUCGAUCAUUCGAAAUGAGACAUAUGAAUUGGCGUCAACGUCUCAAACGAUUAUUUAGUCGUAAAGAAUUAUCAUUCGAAGAGGAUGCAGAUGAUCAAAAAGAUGAAAUUCAGGGUGUCAAAAUGUCAAAAGAAGAAAUGGAAAAAGUUGAAAAAGAAGUAGAAAGUGCCAAAAUUGAUUUAACAGCUUUCAAUAUUAUCACUGAUCAAAUUGCCAUACUUAGCAAUGGUUUUGAAUCAGAAAAGGAAAGAAAGAAACGAAUCAAAAAAGAACAAAAAGAGCAGAAAAAGCUAGAAAAGGAGCAAAAGAAAAAUGAAAAGAAAGAAAAGAAAAAUUUAUUGAAAGAAUCCAAAGGUCAGCUUUCUGCCAAACCAAUAGAAAAAGAUGGUGGUAAAUUAUUGGAACUUCAAGCAGCCCAAUUGGAAAAAGAUGUUUUGUCCAGCAAGACUGAAGGAUCUACACCUGAUGACAUUGUUUUGGAGAUUGACACCGCCAAACCUGAAUCAUCGCCCAAAGCUGAUAGUAAAAGUUUAAAACUUAAAGAAAUUGUCCAGUCAAAAAUCCUGACAGAAACAGCGGCCAAAAAAUCUACAAAAUUUUCUUUCCGUAAUACGGUUAUGGGACUAAUGUCUGGAUUUCUUAUGGGUGGUAGUGGAUCCAAACAACAAUCAGAACCUGAAUUGAAAACUGUGGAAAGUAGUAAAAGUUCAUUACAUGAAGAGAUUGUCAUUAAUAUUGGCUUAGUUGGUCGACAAACUAAAGAUGACGAAGAAAUAACAAUAAAAGAAUAUGAUAUACCCGAAAUUAAAGUCUUAAGAGAAAGUGAUGAAGCCAUUGAAGAUGUUGAUGAUGAAACGAAUAUCGAUAAAAGUCACAAAGAAAAAACAAAAGACAAAACUAAAUCAAGUAAAAGUAAACACAAAAUUUCGCGAAUGGAUGCAAUUGCUGAACGGAAUCGUUUACAGAUACCGGAAGUUAUUAUCAGUGAUAUAAAUGUUGCACGAGAUUCAAAAAUUAAAAAAGAAUCUAAAGAGAAGAAAAGUAAAGAGAAAAAGAAAAAAAUAACUAAACUCGAAUCAAAAUCUUCA